UGCCUCCCAAAGUGCUUCAGAUUUGUUCCAGCCUGGCAAAUCUGAAAGCCCACCGAGACUGCAGGCUCAGUCUUUCCAGUUUCUCCUCCGCAAUCUCUCUCUAGCAUCUUCCCUGUCAAAACGAUGGCAGGCCGUUUCGUACGCUCUUCAAAAUAUCGGCACGUGUUCGGCCGCCCGACUCGCAAGGAACAAUGCUAUGACAACGUGAGGGUAUCGAAGAAUGCUUGGGACACGAACUUGAUCAAGGCCAAUCCAGAAUACCUCGCCCUCAAUUGGGAUAGCAGCGGCGGUGGUGCGUUUGCCGUCAUCCCUACGAAAGAGAAAGGCCGCCUGCCCGAACGUAUCCCGCUCUUCCGAGGACAUACCGCCGUGGUUUUGGACACAGAUUGGAACCCUUUCAAUGACUCGUUGAUUGCUUCGGGGUCGGAUGAUGGCAAGGUCUUCCUAUGGCGAGUUCCGGACGACUUCACACUGCAUCUCGACAUUCCCGCAGAUGAGAUCCAGGACAUUGCCCCAGUGGGCAAACUUAGCGGCCACCCAAAGAAAGUGGGCCACGUGCUCUUCAAUCCCGCCGCUGAGAAUAUCCUGGCAUCUGCGGCUGGAGAUUUUACGAUCAAGAUAUGGGAUAUCGAGUCCGGUUCGUCCAAGUUGUCGCUCAAGGUCGGCGAGGUGAUUCAGUCUUUAUCAUGGAGUGCGAAUGGUUCCCUUUUGGUCACGACCUCCCGAGACAAAAAGUUGAGGAUAUGGGACACAAGACAAGAAAAACCCGUGCAUGAAGGGCCAGGCCACGCAGGCGCCAAAAACAGUCGCGCCGUGUGGAUGGGGGAACACGAUCGCAUCGCCACAACUGGCUUUUCCAGAAUGAGUGACCGUCAGCUUGCGCUUUGGGACGUCCGGAACGCACAAGAACCCAUCGAUGGAUUCCAAAUGCUUGACUCGAUAUCAGGCGUGUGUAUGCCUUUCUGGGACGAAGGCACCCAGUGUCUAUUCCUUGCAGGCAGGGGUGACGGAAACAUCCGUUACUACGAAUAUGAGCACGACAAGUUCGAAUAUCUGUCCGAGUACAAAUCGUCAGAUCCUCAACGUGGAGUGGCCUUCAUCCCCAAGAGGGGAGUCAACCUACAUGAGAACGAGGUUGCUCGAGCGUACAAGACGGUCAAUGACAAUUACAUUGAGCCUAUUUCUUUUAUUGUGCCUCGAAGAGCAGAAACGUUUCAGGAGGACAUCUACCCCCCUACUGUUGGUCUGAAGCCAGCCAUGAGCAGCAAAGAAUGGCUUGAUGGCGCCGAGGGAUUGCCACCAAAGAUUUCCAUGGAAAGUUUGUAUGAGGGUACGGGUAUCAAAGAGGUUGCAGCAGAUGAGGCGAAGCCAGUCAAAAAGGCACCCGAGCCGGUCAAGGCUGUCGAAACUAAGAAAGAAGUUCCCGAGUCGAUACCAGAACCGACCCCGACGACAAUCCGAUCUCCUCCUCCAUCGAUGAAGGAACAAGGUGCCACAAUGAUGGGUGCUGCAGACAAAUUUAAAGACACCGAACCUACAGAAGGAGAGGAUGACGAGUCAGAUUUCGAGGAGGUCCAGAAGCCCGUGGAACGAACGACUGCGGCCAAACACGCCGUCCCUGAGGAGAAGAAGGAGCAGUCUCCCACACCCGCAGCGAGUAAAGUAUGGGAAGAUGUCGAGGACCCUGAGCCCGCUCCAAAACACAAGAUGACCGAAUCGGAAAUGCCAGAAGAACAAACCGUCGAAGCGGGGGAAGCCUCGAAUGUGGCCGAGGCGACCCCUCCGUCAGAUUCCGUGGAGCGUGAAAUGAAGAACAUGAAGGCUAUGAUUGCCCAGCAGUCCCGGCAACUGAGCAGUCUGACCAAGACGGUAACAGAACUGGUUGCGGAAGUGAAAGCUUUGAAAGGGUCAUAGAUGGUCGGAUUGGACACAUCGUCACUUGACAUUUAGCGAGCCGAGUCAAAAAGCCAUAACCACUUUCACCUCUUUCGCCUCUUUCCACUGUCACCCCUUGUCUGAUCGUGCUGACAGCGCUAUUCGUACUCCAUGCAGUUGAAAGUGUUUGAAGAAGGUGGACUAAUCAGCAGGCAGUGUGGCACACCGCCACGGACACCUUUGAUUGUGUUUCAGACCAUCCCACAAUCAGGCUGUCCCUAUCAAAAGACGAAAGUGGCAAUCCUGGGAAUGCAGAACGAGCAUAACGAGAGCAUAUCUUCACAGGACCAUGCCGCUUUCGAUCAAGGCCCUUGCUUCAUCCCGUCAAACUUCCCAUUCUGUCUAGUCAGAGAUGGAUUCCCGGAAUCGUCUCAAGAAAUACGAUGCUAUUCUUCCAUACAUAGCUCCCCUGAGAUCAAAGAUGG